CGCCCGGCUCAUUGAUAAAAGCAGCAAAUCUGAGAAACUUUAAACGCGCGUCUUCUGCGUCUUUUGGAGUUACAGAAUAAAUCAGACGAGUGAAAAAUGAACACGACACCUCUGGAGACUUUCGACUUCGAGCGGAGGUUUGACGAAAAAGUCGCAUUUGAGUGGUUUGAAGAAAACUGGACGACUUCGUUCGUGUUCUGCACUCUGUAUGCUGCUGUUAUAUUCCUUGGCCGGCAUUUCAUGAGAGAGAGGCAGAAGCUGGACCUGCGAAGGCCUCUAGUUCUCUGGUCACUGAGUCUGGCUAUAUUCAGUAUUUUGGGAGCCAUCCGUACCGGAUCCUACAUGGUGCACACUUUCAGCUCCAAUGGCUUCAGGCAGACUGUGUGUGACACCACCUUCUACAGCGCACCCGUCAGCAAGUUCUGGGCAUAUGCCUUUGCCAUCAGCAAGGCACCUGAACUCGGUGACACGGUCUUCAUCGUUCUCCGCAAGCAGCGUCUGAUCUUCCUGCACUGGUACCACCACAUCACGGUUCUGAUGUACAGUUGGUACUCCUACAAGGACCGGGUGGCCGGAGGCGGUUGGUUUAUGACCAUGAAUUACACAGUCCAUGCACUGAUGUACAGCUAUUACACCGCCAAAGCGGCCGGCCUGCGACUGCCCAAGCCCUGCGCCAUGAUCAUCACAACAAUGCAGAUCCUACAGAUGGCCAUGGGCCUGACCGUCCUCGCGUUAGUUUACCACUGGCACCAUGACGUCCACUGUGCCUCCAACAUGAACAACAUUGUGUCGGGCUCACUCAUGUACCUCAGCUACCUGGUGCUUUUCACCUGGUUCUUCUAUCAGUCCUACCUGAAGAGGGAGAAGAGCAAGGAUGUUAAAGUUGAAUAAGAGUGGAUUGGCCAGUAGGGGGCAGUAGUGUGGAUCUAGAUUAGGAAUCGGCAAAUAAUAUUUAGUUAAACUGUGGAUUAAGGCCCAAUCCCAUUUCUUAUUUUUACCCCUACCUCUUGUUUUUGAGUGUCGCCCUAACCCCUUGGAAGUGAGUUACAGGGUAGUGGUUGAAAUCUUCCCUCUGAAAUGGGACCCUCAAAUAAAAAGAGCAUCACUUCAUUAACAGCUACCAGCGCUGCUCUGUAGGCAACCCUGCCCUGAGAAUGUAACUGCUGGACUAUUUAAGGUGGAGCGGGAAAUUUAGCUAACUACCGAGACGUCAGCACUACUAGGGAUUUUAAUGCUUGUUAUGAAGAAAAGGACCAUAAUACACUGAAACAACAUUAAACUAAGAUAAUAUGAUGGUUAGCAUAAUUUUUUAACAGAGAAAAUUCUCACAUUUGUGGCUUUCUUUGGUCUCUUGUUCUCCAUCUUACCGUUUUUUCUUUUUUUCUCAUAACUCUCUGUUUGGAGUCUCUGAAAAACCUCCAUUUGGAGGAUCAUGUAGCUCUAACACUUCACCCUACCCCUCUGUCUCAACAAGAAUCAGGACACCCUACCCCUAGACGUGAACGCACAAAACGGUAGUAGGGCUAAAUGGUAGGGGCGAGGGGUGAAAUGGGAUUGGGCCUUAGAGUGAUUCACACUGUGGUAAACAGAAACAGUUUUCACCACAUUUGUGUUCAUAAGUGAAACAGGAGAUAUUUUCUUAGGAUUUCUUAGGUAGAAAGUCGUUGUACGUUCAGUCUUGUUUGUGGGGAAAAAAUUAUUCCAUUUUUUUGUCAUUUUGGUAUCAAAUAGAAAAGAGUUUAAGGUGCAGACUCAAACCCGUCAGUACACAGUGCAAACUGAAUGUAAAUGCACGGACAGCACUUAAAAAAAUGAACAGCACUUAAAAAAACAUACAGCACUUAAAACAAACAGCAUUCCAAACAAACAGCACUUAAAAGGAAGCUCCACCAAUUUUUUUUAACUAUUUCUGCAGUCACUGAGGUGUGAAAUGGUUGAUUGUAGAGACUCAGAUGUCUUUACAGUGGUGGUGAUAGGAACCAGGGGUCGCCAUGACUACAACACAAAUAUAGACAUUUUAUUUACUAUCCAGAACCACCAGUGAACCUACACGAGUCUUCUGAGUUUAUAUGGAAUGUUGAUGAUGGAAAAUAGUGGAGAAUCUGUUUAAUAUUUCUUCAUCUUUAUUUACAGCUUCCUACAAAUGAGUUAUAUUUUACUGAAAGCAGUGAUUCAACUUUUGAAUGCUAGUUUUCAUGCAGGGAACCUCAUCUUACAGCAGUGUUCUUACUUUGAGCCUCAUUAGGUUUUAACACAGUUUGCACCUUUUCUGUUUUGACAUUCCUUUUAAUUGUUCAGCAGCUAUUUUGAUUUGUUUGUAAUUUUGUUUUAAUAAUUACUCAAAGUGAAUUACUCAGUGUGUUGUACUGUAGGAACAGAUUAACAGAAGAUUUAUUCAAAAUGUUUACCUGAAAACCUGAAAUGUGAUCACAGCUGAAGGACAUUAGAUUGUUUAGAGAGAGUACUCGGGGCAGGAAACUUCAGGAUGCUUAUGAGGGUCCGGUUUGAUUACUGUUUCUGACUUUUGCACUGUUCACGUUUGGUGUCUAGAUUUUGUUGUUUUAUUUUAUCACUGGAGUCAGAAAUCUAACAUUGCCAACAAACACUAGAUGUCAAUAAUCACCCAAAUCUUUUUGGUAAAUAUAUCGCUAAAACUGCUCUCAACCAGCUCUAACCUCAUUCAGGUAUUUUUUAAGGUCGUGCAGAUAUGGGGGCUCCUGAGUGACCCAACCGUCUAAACGUUGGCCCUGUCAUCAGGUGAUCACAAGUUUGAUCCCUGGUGAUGCUACAGCCGUCCGUGGCUAAGAGUCCAAGAGAGCACAGUUGGCCUCGCCCUCCCUGGUGGGUAGGAUGCCCCCUGCCUUCACCCAGCGCAAUGAUAGCCAGCUGUGAGCUGAUGUAACAGAAUUGACGGUUGGCGCUGUCCUCCAGCUGUCCGAUGGCGUUGCAUUAGUGGCAGUUCGAAAAGAUGCUUCACAGGUCUCGGAGGAAGCCUGUGCUAGCUUUCGCCCUCCUAGCACUGGUGGUAUCGUGUGAUUGGGGAAGUCCUGACAAGUGGGUGGAAUUGGAUACUAAAUUGGGGAGAAAAUUAGGAAGAAAAUGUAAAAAUGUCAUGCAGACCUGUUGAUGUGGUUUAGAGCACAGUGUGACUUUGAGCUAUGAAAAUGAACAAAACUGCACCGUGUAGCUGAACGCUGAGGGUGGACGCUUUAGACAACAGGUGUUGUGCCGAAUUCCGAGUCCCCUGCAGAAUCCAACUCCCCUUCACGUGCAUAUGUUACGCAGGCAUAUAGAUGAUAGGUUACUACUCGAGAUUAUAGUUAUUUAUAAAUAGAAACAACAGAAAUCAUGAACAUAAUCUGCGACAUCUAUAUGCCUGCGUGACGGAAACACAGAAUUCGGCAUACCACCUUUCGUCUAAAGAGGCUUCCUGCAGCUACACGGUGACAUUUUUAUAGCUCAAGUCAAGUCAUAAUGGGUCCUUAACCACAUCUACAAGUCUGUGCGACCUUAAUGAGGAGCUGUAUGCAGUUUGAGUGGGUUCAGAGACAUUUUGGGGUUGCAUUCAUAAAAUCUGGGUGACUAUUGACUUCUAUUGUUAGCAAUAAUUGCCUUGUAAUCUUGGCUGAGUGGAAAAUCGUUUGAAUUAUAUUUUUCACUAAUGCUCUCAAAUAGUGCUUCUGCCAUCAUUAAGUUCAGAGAGACAUACAGCUACACACUCAAAAUCAAUGGUUCUUCAAGGGUUCUUUAGUAAAGCAAAUGGUUCUGUAUAGAGCCAUGAAUACUCAAAGAACCCUUUGCAUGAUUAAAGGGUUCUGUACAUCAUGAAAGCGUUCUUCAGAUUGAUGGAGAAUGUGUUGUAGAUAGUUCUAUAUAGCACCUUUUUGAAAAGGGUUCUAUUCACACCAAAAUCGGUUCUCCUAUUGGUACAAGCUUGACAUCGUAACAAUAGCAGAACCCUUUUGGUGCCAUAUAGAACUAUCUACACCACAUUCAUAAUCAAUCUGAAGAACUAAUUCUUGAUGCAAAGAACCCUUUAAUCAUGCAAGGAGUUCUUCGAGUGUUCAUGGCUCUAUAUUGAACCAUUUUCUUUACUAAAGAACCUUGAAGAACCAUCAUUUUUAAGAGGGUAGCUCUAUGAAGUCCAGAAUCCAGAGCGUAAUGCAGUUCACUCUCCCUCGCUCAAAAGGAGUAAAACUUGAAAAGCAUAACUGCGGCUGGCUGGCUGCAGUGUGAGCACACCUGGAGGCUUUACCUGCUCAGGUACUGAUAGAGAUCUGACAGAUAGGUAUCGGAAUGACGGGGAGUCUCGUGCUUUAGUGAAGAUAUGCUUUGUAGAGAAUGUCUCACACAUACCUUUGCCGGUCACAGAUUUAGAUGAAGUUUCCUCAUUGCUCGGCUCUCAUUGAGAUUAUUUAAUGAUUUCCUCCGUCUCUGUGACUUUUAUUAUGACUCUAACAACUGAUUGACUUUGAAUUACAUAAUCACAGUGAAUGCACUGCCAGACAGCGUUUUAUGUGGGAGUUUUUGCCAAACCAGUUCCUGUACCCCCUUUAAGACAGUUGUCCAGUUCGUCCGGAUGUGGAGAUUGUUUUGUGAUACUGUGUCUGUAUAUAGGAUGAACUGAAAUACAGUGCUGAGCAAUAAAUUUCCAGUCAAAACGA